UCUUCUUCUCCAAAUCUUUCUCUCAGACUUUUUCUUGGUCUUUAAUACUUGGUUCUACAGAUGUCAUCAUCCACAACGUCGUCGUAUUGGUGUUACAGAUGCCUACGGAUCAUAAGCGAUUUGUCUUCAGACAACGACUUAGCUUGUCCGUAUUGCGACACUGGAUUCAUAGAAGCCAUUCAAACAGAAGCCACAGCCACCGAGCAUGAUAAUCUACCAUCCUCUGCCAUGUUUAUGAUUAACAACAAUAAUUCACGGCCAAGAAUUCGCCGGAACUCUCACGAACAGCCGCUGUCAAUUGUUAACCCAGUGAUCCUCCUACGAGGCCAGCCCAAUGAACAAGUCAACAACAACAGCCACAGCAUCUUUGAAUUAUACUACGACGACGGAUCUGAGUCGGGUCUGAGGCCAAUACCUGAAAGCGUGAUGGAAUUUCUAAUGGGUUCGGGUUUUUAUCCGUUACUUCGACAGUUAUCUCAGGUUGAUAUAGCAGGGUUAACUCGGCCGGAUAAUUUACCAGCAUCAAAAGCCGCCAUGGAGUCCAUCGCAACAAUCGAAAUCUCAUCCACACAUACAAAUUCAGAGAGUCAUUGUGCAGUAUGUAAAGAAGCAUUUGAGCUGGGAAAUUUAGCAAGAGAGCUGCCUUGCAAACAUAUUUACCACCAAGGUUGUAUAUUACCAUGGCUAGAAAUGCGCAAUUCGUGCCCAGUUUGCAGAAACGAGCUACCGGCAGGCGAAGAAAAUGAAGGAGGAAUGAUUGGGUUGUGUAUAUGGAGAUUGCCAGGAGGUGGAUUUGCGGUUGGGAGAUACAACGGGAGGAGAUCGGCGGGUGGAGAAAGAGGGCUUUCAUUUAUGUUUAGUGAUAUGGAUAAUUCAUAUGGGGAACGUGGUAGAAUUUCUCGAAGGAGGGCUGUGAGGUUCGUGAGGAGUCGGGAGAGAGAAGAGAGAGUCGGUGGAGGGCUGAGGAGGGCUUUCCGUGGACUGGGUACCUUUUUCAGAAGGUUUACAGGGGGUCGCAAUGAUAAUGCUUCCUCUUCUAUAAUGUCACAUUAGAAUAAAAUUAAUGAAUCUUGUUUACAAUUAAUUUACAUAUUAGUUCAUUAAAUGGGCAUAAAUAAUUUGUUCAUAUUUCAUUUAAA